UGCAGCACGCUGCAGAGAGAGGCACCAAAGUCUGCUACAGCCCCCUCCCUUUCUUUCCUGUUUCCCCACCUCUUUCCCUGUCUUUCUCUCCUAUCCUAACCAACAUGGCCGCUAAGUCGGAUGGAGCAGCGGUGUCUGUGGAAGAUGACAACACGCCCAGGAGCCUCUCGGAGCCGGGGAACCCCGCCGCCCCGUCCCGCUGCACCGCCGCCGGUGGGAAACCCUACACCCUGCUGGACUGCUGCUGGGUGCUCUGCUCGCUGCUCGUCUUUCUCUCCGACGGAGGGACCGACCUGUGGCUGGCCGCAGUGUACUACCUGAGAGGCGAAUACUGGUGGUUCGGCUUGACUCUCGUCUUCGUCGUGGUGCCCUCCACGGUCGUGCAGGUGCUGAGUUUCAGGUGGUUCGUGUAUGACUACUCUGAGCUUAGCGGCGGGGAAGGUUCCGCCAGCGGCGGCGGGGGCUGCGCGGCGGCGGCAGGCGCGGCAGGCGCGGCAGGCGCCGAUGCCACAGCUGGCGACGGCACCUUAAGCACCAAGGACAGCGACCAACGCGGCGGGAACGCGCCGGCGGUGAACGCCGCCAACGUUACCCCGGUGUACACGUCCUCUGGGCCGGCUGCCGCGGCCGGGAGGGUGGGCUCCCCGCGGAGGUGCUGCACCAUCUCUAUGUGGGUCUUUCAAACCGUGCUUCACGUGCUGCCGCUGGGACAAGGCUGGAGGUAAGGUGUGCGGAACAAGAGGGGCGUGCUCGCAUCUGUGUCCACGCGUGCUCAACGCGUGCGUGCGUGCGUGCGUGUGUGCAUGCGUGUCGGGUUGCAUUAGAUGAACGCGCUGGGGUGCAGAUACAAGCAUCGCGUCCUGCACGGUGCUCUGUUCAUUAGGUAGCCUUUAAAUGCUUGUGCGUGCGGCUCCAUGUUUGGCCACUUGCGCGUGAUUCCCCGGCACAGCACUGGUGUGGUGACCGAAAUGUGCCGGAGCCGACCAGACCGUAGAGCGAUACCUCCCCCUCAGAGCCCAUUUGUCUCCUGGACUGAACCUUUUUUGUCCAGCUGCCAUUCCUGCUCUGGUGACUGAAUGUGGACGGAUGCAUAC